GGGGACGUCCGCAACGUCACCCAGAAACACAUACAGGAAUGGGGUCCCUUUGACCUGGUAAUUGGGGGGAGCCCCUGCAACGAUCUGUCCAUCGUCAACCCGGCCAGGAAGGGGCUCUACGAGGGCACCGGGCGCCUUUUCUUCGAGUUCUACCGCCUGCUGCACGAAGCCCGGCCCAAGGAGGGGGAUGACCGGCCCUUUUUCUGGCUCUUUGAGAACGUGGUGGCCAUGGGGGUGAGCGACAAGAGGGACAUCUCACGCUUCCUGGAGUCCAACCCUGUGAUGAUCGAUGCCAAAGAAGUGUCUGCAGCACACCGGGCACGGUAUUUCUGGGGGAACCUGCCCGGCAUGAACAGGUUGGUGAGAGCAACUCCAUCACCCCCUCCCCUGACCAUCCCGUGCCUCUUGCAGUUCAGCAAAGUGCGAACCAUCACCACUCGCUCCAACUCCAUCAAGCAGGGCAAGGACCAGCACUUCCCCGUGUUCAUGAACGAGAAGGAGGACAUCCUGUGGUGCACGGAGAUGGAGAGGGUCUUCGGCUUCCCCGUGCACUACACGGACGUGUCCAACAUGAGCCGCCUGGCCCGGCAGAGACUGCUCGGCAGGUCCUGGAGCGUGCCGGUCAUCCGCCACCUCUUCGCGCCCCUGAAGGAAUACUUUGCCUGCGUUUAGAGAUGGGCAGGAACUGGUGACACGGAGCGAGUCGGAAACAAAAACCCAUCCACGCCAAGAGAAGCGAACACACGGAAUGAGAGAAGAGUCAGCACCCAGAAGAGAGACGGGAUUUCGCAGCCCGAUGGGAACCCAGCACACGUCUCCCCGAGCGAAAGGGGUCGGUGUCCUCUCCUGAAUUUCCAAGGGUCAGCUUUAGCCUAUUGAAAAAAAAA